UCUCAUCGUUUACCACAGCAUUCUGCAACUGAAUCAAUUUGUCAAGUUUAAUAUUUUAAAUGGAAUCGAAAAAAACAAUAAUCCUCAUCCUUGGCCUUAUGGCUAUGGUUCUUCUUUUCUCCUCUGAGGUGUCAGCUAGAGUCCUCACUGAACCAUCCUCCAAUAUCAAAAUGGAAAAUAUUGAAAAGCAAAAUGGUGGCUACAGAGGUUAUCCGAUGGAUGGUGGUGAUAACGUCGGUCUUGGUGGCGGAUUCGAUCGUGUGCCUAUUAGGAGUACUUCUGGUGUAAGUUUUUCUGUGCCUAUUGGUGAUCUUUUUGGCAGGAAAACUAAAGUAGACAACACUCGCAACUAAGAGCCAUAUCAUCUUUUAUGACACACUUUUCGUAAUAAUAAAUUUCAUCAAUAAAUAAUGUUGUGUGUAGAUCAAGAGAGGGUUUGAAAGACAACCAUCUUUGUUGUUAUUAUAUCUAUCUUUCCGUUUUAGAGUAUUGAUAUUUCACUCGUGGAAAUCAUGUAUAAGUACAUCAUCGCUAUGUAUAAUUGAUGAUGAGUUUAAAUUUAAAUAAAUGUGCUUAUAAUAUAACUACAAAAUUCACCUGAUAGUACAAA